AUCAUAACCUUCUCUUCACAAAAAUCUCAACUUUCUUAUUUCUUAAGUUCCUUUGUAUUAAAAAUGACGAACAGAUCGGUUGCCUUUUCCGCGUUCGUUCUGAUCCUUUUCGUGCUCGCCAUCUCAGAUAUCGCCAGCGUGAGAGGAGAAUUAUGCGAGAAAGCUAGCAAGACAUGGUCAGGUAACUGUGGUAACACGGGACAUUGCGAUAACCAAUGUAAAACAUGGGAGGGUGCAGCCCAUGGAGCGUGUCAUGUGCGUGGAGGGAAACACAUGUGCUUUUGCUACUUCAACUGUAAAAAAGCCGAAAAGCUUGCGCAAGACAAGCUUAAAGCCGAAAAUCUUGCUAAAGAGAAACUUAAUGCCGAAAACCUUGAUCGUGAUGCCAAGAAAGUGGUUCCAAAUGUGGAGCAUCCAUGAAAGGGUCGGUUUCUUUAAAUAGAAAGUCUUAGGAGUACGAAUACGAAUAAAAAUAAAGUUUGCUUCAUGUGACAUUAAGAACUUUUUAAGAAGUAUAUGUGUUGUCAUUAAAGCAAUUACUUGGUAGUGAUAUGUGUAAUAAUAAGGUGAUGCUUUUAUGCUUUCACGCAUAAUGGUUUUCGACUACGUGUAAUAAAAUAAGACAGUGUCUUUUUUGUAAUUUCAAUUGGAAGAAAUAUGAAAAGAAGUUACUUUGAUUAUAAA